UCUGCAGCGGAUGAGAUGAAAUUAGAAAUUCGUUUGGUAUUUCUCAUGCUGGUGCUCCUUCAAGGCUCAUCUCAGACCAAAGGUCAGAGCAGUGCUUUGCCCCCUGUCUUUCCUCCAGCUGCCCUCCCCAGUCAUGCUGACACCUCAGCGUCUCCUGACCUGACAGAGGAUCCUGGGAAUGAGGUCCUUGAGACACAUAAUCCUGCAGGCAGGGAUGAAACCUCUACUGAAACCACAACCAUUAUCAGGACCAAAGGAGCAGUCCAUUCAGAGACUGUCACAGACGCAGUAUUUAAAACCCACUUGGUCAGCACAAGCUCUGCGGGGACGACAUCUCAACACAUGGACGAAGCACUUGUCCUGACAGCUCAGCCCGGCACUGCCAAUACUCCAGGCAGCCUUUCAUCCACGCCCACCCUGCAUAGCUCCACCCCUCCUCCACCUCGUGCCUCAACCACGGACAGCAGGACACCCCUGACCCAAGAUCCCCCCAGCACCUUUUCAUCUUCACCUGCCGAGUGUGCCCACACAGUGCAGGAUACAAGCUCCACAGCUCGCGCCUCCACUACAAAGUCACACUCUGAAUCCUGGACCACAGACCACCCUGUGACCUCAGCUCCAAUCCCUGCUGGGCCAACUCACCAGGAGGUCCCAUCUGAACUAAAUGUUGGAGAUGAAGAUUUCAAAGGGCCCCGACAUCGCUCCAGCUCACCUUUAGACCCCCUGCUGGCUGGUCUGCUCUCAGUGUUCAUCGUCACCACCGCCAUCGUAUUCAUCGCCCUCUUCCUCAGGUUCCGUCAGCGAACAAACCACCCCGAGUUUCAUCGGCUGCAGGAUCUCCCCAUGGAUGACCUGAUGGAGGACACGCCCCUCUCCAGAUACAGCUACUGAUGAUGAGGGCGUCCUGUUUGUCAUUUCCACCACUCAGAGGCAACAGAAGCAAAA